UAUGAAAAUAAGUUUUGUUUGCCAUUUUGUCAAAUGGAACGACACCGUUUGGAAACUCGCAGACGUAGCAGUUGAGAACAGCUCUGUACAGCUCUGUGUGGUGGGAAAACUGUUUUCCUCUUUUGUGCCGUGCCACGCCACAAGCGAAAUCCAAACGCAAAAAUCCAAAGAAAACUCACCUGUAAACUGCAACUACGCAGUCACGCUGACCCCUGAAUACCCCAAACCAACCGCAGCCAAACUGUACAAAAUCGCAACUCUUCCAUUAUCACUCGCACUGAAAGGCUCACUUCUCCUGACAAAUAGGAGGACUCCAUCCAAAAAUACCAAUGGAGUCGAUCGGUGUUCUAAUGACCUGCCCUCCAAACUUCCCCUACCUCGUUGAAGAACUCGAGAAGCGCUUCACCCUCUACAAGCUCCAAAACGCCCCAGACAAGACCCACUUCAUCAAUUCCCACAAGAAUUCGAUCAGGGCAGUCGUGGGUAACGCCGGGUUCGGUGCCGAUGCCGAACUGAUCGAACAAUUGCCGAAGCUGGAAAUCGUCUCCAGUUUCAGCGUGGGGCUCGAUAAGGUUGAUUUGCCCAAGUGCAAGGAGAAAAGGAUACGGGUCACAAACACGCCUGAUGUUCUGACGAAUGAUGUCGCCGACUUGGCUAUUGGGUUGAUGUUGGCGGUACUGAGGAGGUUGUGUGAGAGUGAUCGGUAUGUCAGGAGUGGAAAGUGGAAAAAGGGUGACUACAAGUUGACUACUAAGUUUACUGGGAAGUCUGUCGGCAUUAUUGGGUUGGGCAGGAUCGGCAUGGCAAUUGCCACAAGAGCUGAAGCAUUUAGCUGUCCAAUUAGUUACUAUGCUAGAACAGAAAAACCAGAUGUAAAAUACAGGUACUAUCCAAGCGUUAUUGAGUUGGCUGCCAAUUGUCAAAUCCUUGUCGUUGCAUGUGCACUAACAGAAGAAACCCACCACAUUGUCAAUCGUGAAGUUAUGAAUGCAUUAGGUCCAAAGGGGGUCCUCAUUAACAUUGGUAGAGGUCCUCAUGUUGAUGAACCUGAGCUGGUGUCUGCACUACUUGAAGGCAGGUUAGGUGGUGCUGGGCUUGAUGUGUUUGAAGACGAGCCUAAUGUGCCUGAGCCGCUAUUUGGUCUUGAAAAUGUAGUCCUAUUGCCUCAUGUGGGAAGUGGUACGGUGGAAACCAGAAAAGCUAUGGCUGACCUUGUUGUUGGCAACUUGGAAGCACACUUCUUGAAGAAGCCUCUGUUGACUCCAGUGGUUUGAUUUUGACAUAAAAAUUUGUGAAUACAAAGACUGAUCAGAGGCGUCAUCAUGCUUCUGGGACUUGAAUUAAUCUAGAUAUCAUUAUUUCCAGGACCUGGCAAGAAUGCCUUGAUGGAAGAAAACAAUAUUCUCUAGAUUCCAAGUUGUAUGGCUGAAUUUAUUUUCUUCUUAGCACUCUUAAACAUGUUGGUAUUCUGAAAUGACAUUUACAUGUUCCAUUUUUUUUUUGCUGCCAAA